AUGUUUGCUCGUCCCCCCAUUCGAUCCUUACAACGCCGGUUUCCAAUUCACAAAGCACAGCAAUGCACAAUUUCGACUUUCCAGGAGGGCGACUUUUGCAUGCUUCGAGAACUAAAGUCCAAUCGCAAGUACUUGGUGGGCCCACUAGAAGAGGGCCAACAUAAGGAUUACAAGGGUGGAAUCCUUCCUCACUCGAAACUGAUUGGAGCUUCGGUAAGAUCAUCAGUACGCACUCAUAAUGAUGCGUUUGGGUUUAUGGUGCAUAAGCCGACACUUGACGAGUACGUAAUCAACGUUCCCCGUAGCUGUACGCCUAUCUAUCCAAAAGAUGCAUCCACUAUCGUACAAAUGCUUGAUAUUGAGCCUGGUCAUCAGAUCCUAGAAGCCGGAACUGGCAACGGCGCUUUGACUCUGUAUUUAGCAAGAGCAGUCUCUACCCAAGGACGGAUACACACCUGCGAUAUUCGUGAGGGUCACUCCAACACAGCACGGAAACAUGUACAACGCUACGAGCGAGGACGAUACAAGGAUGCGGUAUCUUUUCACAUUGGUGAUGUAUGUGAGGUGGCGCCAAAGGAUGUAAUCUUUGAUGGUAUUGUCCUUGAUAUGCCCGCACCAAGCGAAUAUAUUGAAAAACUACUGCCACUUUUACGCAACGAUCGGUUCAUUGUAUGCUAUCUACCAAAUAUGACACAGGUGUUGGAUUUGGUGCGGGCCGUCCGAGAUCUGCCAAUGGUGAUGGAUUCUUGUAUCGAGGCCGAAUGGAAGGAAUGGGAAGUGCGAGCAACACAAAUCAGAAGCACGGAAGAGCUGGCGUGGGUUUGUCGACCCAAAAAUUUUGAUGUGAAAGGUCAUACAGCGUUCUUGACAAAAUUGCGAAAAACUGAAUAA